AUGUCUUCACCACCGCUUCAAGAAUACUUCACAAAACUGCUCAAGGAACAAAAUGUUACCAUGUCAUCAUGGGAAGUUCGAAUUGUGAACGACAAUGCACGACUAUCCAAGGCAAGCCAUGCAAGAUUCAGCCAAACGCAGCCAGGUCUAUCCAUGAUGAGCAAGAAUUGCAAGCCCUGUCGGUGGUCGCCAAGCCCUACAAUCACAGUUCACAGGGUAUUGGACGGCCACGGCAAGAAUUCAACAAAUCCAAGCAUGGCCACCACUGCUGUCGUUGGUGACAUGAUCAAUAGACAGAGGACGAGGAGACACCUUCUCAUAAGCAACAACAGAUGGAGUGCUUCAAAUGUUGCAACGAGUAAUCCAAGAUUUAAUGGAGAAAACCACAUACUUUCAAGAUCCGUGUCCGCAUCUCUCGUGGUCCCCAACCAAGACUGA